GGGCACUUUCAAAAUGGCGGAGCGUGGAGCGAGUGGCGGCGGGAGCGGCGGGGACAGUCUGGACAAGAGCAUCACGCUGCCCCCCGACGAGAUCUUCCGCAACCUGGAGAACGCCAAGCGCUUCGCCAUUGAUAUAGGUGGAUCAUUGACCAAGUUGGCAUACUAUUCCACUGUACAGCACAAAGUGGCCAAAGUGAGGUCUUUUGACCACCCAGGAAAGGACAUGGAGCAGGACCACGAGCCUCCCUAUGAGGUCUCAGUUCAGGAGGAGAUCACAGCACGCCUGCACUUCAUCAAGUUUGAGAACGCCUACAUGGAGGCCUGCCUGGACUUCAUCAGAGACCACCUUGUUAAUACUGAGACCAAGGUCAUCCAGGCCACCGGGGGUGGAGCCUACAAGUUCAAGGACCUCAUCGAGCAGAAGCUGCGCCUCAAGGUGGACAAAGAGGAUGUAAUGACCUGCUUGAUUAAGGGGUGCAACUUCGUGCUGAAGAACAUCCCACAUGAGGCCUUCAUGUACCAGAAAGACUCAGACCCAGAGUUCCGGUUUCAGAUAAAUCAUCCUAACAUCUUCCCCUACCUCCUGGUCAACAUUGGCUCCGGAGUCUCCAUUGUGAAGGUGGAGACAGAGGACCGGUUCGAGUGGGUUGGUGGAAGCUCCAUUGGAGGAGGCACCUUCUGGGGGCUCGGGGCUCUGCUCACCAAGACAAAGAAGUUUGAUGAGCUGCUGCAACUGGCUUCCAGAGGCCGGCAUGCCAAUGUUGACAUGCUGGUACAGGACAUUUAUGGUGGGGCCCACCAGACCCUAGGGCUGAGUGGCAACCUCAUCGCAAGCAGUUUUGGGAAGUCAGCCACUGCUGACAGAGAGUUCUCCAAAGAAGACAUGGCCAAGAGCCUGCUGCACAUGAUCAGCAAUGACAUUGGGCAGCUCGCCUGCCUCUACGCCAAGCUUCACGGCUUAGACAGGGUCUACUUUGGGGGCUUCUUCAUCCGGGGCCACCCUGUGACCAUGCGUACCAUCACCUACAGCAUUAACUUCUUCUCCAAGGGUGAAGUCCAGGCGCUCUUUCUGAGACAUGAAGGCUACCUGGGAGCCAUCGGGGCGUUUUUAAAAGGAGCCGAGCAAGACAAUCCUAACCAGUACAGCUGGGGUGAGAACUACGCAGCCAGCUCCGGGCUGAUGAGCACGUCGCCCGAGCUGUGCCCGACACAGCGGGCGAGGAGCGGCACAUUUGACCUCCUGGAGAUGGACCGGCUCGAGAGGCCACUGGUCAACCUGCCCCUCCUUCUGGACCCAUCCUCCUACGUGCCUGACACGGUGGACCUGACAGAUGACGCUCUGGCCCGCCAGUACUGGCUCACAUGCUUUGAGGAGGCCCUGGACGGGGUGGUGAAGCGAGCUGUGGCCAGCCAGCCAGAAUCCAUAGACGCAGCUGAGAGGGCAGAGAAGUUCCGGCAGAAGUACUGGGGAAAACUGCAGACGCUUCGGCAGCAGCCCUUUGCUUACGGGACCCUGACUGUGCGCAGCCUGCUGGACACACGGGAGCAUUGCCUGAAUGAGUUCAACUUCCCAGACCCGUACUCCAAGGUGAAGCAGAAAGAAAACGGCCUCGCGCUAAAGUGCUUUCAGAGUGUGACGCGCUCCCUGGACUCCCUAGGCUGGGAAGAGCGGCAGCUGGCCCUGGUGAAGGGGCUGUUAGCCGGGAACGUGUUCGACUGGGGAGCCAAGGCCGUGUCUGAUGUCCUCGAAUCGGACCCCCAGUUUGGGUUUGAAGAAGCAAAGAGAAAAUUGCAAGAACGGCCCUGGCUGGUGGAUUCCUACACCAAGUGGCUCCAGAGGUUAAAGGGGCCCCCUCAUAAAUGUGCCUUAAUUUUCGCAGAUAACAGUGGAAUAGACAUCAUUUUGGGAGUCUUCCCCUUUGUCAGGGAGCUACUCUUUAGAGGGACUGAGGUCAUCUUGGCAUGCAACUCAGGCCCUGCCCUGAAUGACGUGACGUACAGUGAGUCCCUCAUCGUGGCAGAACGCAUUGCGGCCAUGGACCCUAUCAUCUGCUCGGCACUCAGAGAGGAUAGGCUGCUGCUGGUGCAGACCGGUUCCAGCUCCCCAUGCCUGGAUCUCAGCCGCCUAGACAAGGGGCUGGCCGUGCUGGUGCGGGAGCGCGCUGCUGACCUGGUGGUCAUCGAGGGAAUGGGCCGCGCCAUCCACACCAACUAUCAUGCAUCGUUGCGCUGUGAGAGUCUCAAGCUGGCGGUGGUGAAGAACGCAUGGCUGGCUGAGCGGCUAGGUGGCCAGCUCUUCAGUGUCAUCUUCAAAUAUGAGGUUCCCACCAACUGAGAGGCCAGCUCUGCCUGCCCGUCCCUCGUCAGGAGCGUGAUUUACUUCGAGGGGCCUGUGUCCACACCAGAGCAUUGAUACUGUGCUUCUGUGACAGUGCGUGUACCAGAGCCGCCCAACCCAGCAUUUGUCCUGUGGGGCACUUGUGUUGGAAUGUAUUUAACUGUUAAAUAAUCUUUUAUAUAUAUAUAUAUACAUACAUAUAUAUAUAAAUAUAUAAAUACACACA